AUGACCGAUAUGAUCGUCCUACCAUCGGCAGGCCAAGCAUUGCCUGGGACAACUAGUCCAGAGUCCUCAACUAUCGUCACAUCCCCAGGAAUAUGGCCUGAGCCACUCGAUACUCCAGGAAUAGUUCCCCGCCACCUCAAACGAUCGGCAACUACGUCUUUUCCUAUCCUUGAAGUCAUCCAGCGUAUACUAUCGCGACUUCGCCCACAAGGCACUUCGAGCGAUAUUGAGAAGGUCCUCGCUGUUAUAGGACUGUAUCAGGCAGUGCAACCUGUGUAUGGGUUGCUCCGAGACUUCUUCUUCUGGGCAUUUACGGUAGAGAUCACUGUCGCGGAAAGCGACCCAGUUGCUAAGGAGAUCAUGGCUUGGAUGGGUGCUCAAGUUAUACGCACCACUCACGCUCGAAGUGCCAUGUUAGUCACAGGUGGCUUGGAGAACACCAAUCUCGCUCCUUUCACUCAUCCAAUGAGAUUCUCGCAUCCACCUAUGGGUGGUGAGGGUGUUGACGCAGAAGUCGCGUGCCUACCAUCCAUUGGCACUCGCAUAUUCUGGGUUGGGUUUCGGCCAUUCUUAUUCGCUAGAUCUGGUGGUCAGAGCCAACAUCGACACAUGAUCUCCAAUAACCCUCUCAACGACCGAGGGCAGCUCCAAAACGCGCUGAUGAUCUCGACACUCGGCUGGAGUUUGACGCCUUUGCGGAAGUUCACUGAUCUCUGCCACGAGUUCAAGCUCAGGAACUUGACGGGAACGACUACAGUCUAUUUUGCUGGUGGUAGUUCAGAUCCUUAUGGCGAUGGCUGGCAAUCCGUAUCAAAGGCUGUGCGCAAGCUUGAUACGAUUGAUAUGGACGAACAGGUCAAAUCGGAUCUCAUCAAAGACGCUGAGAACUACUACAGCGAGCAAUCACGCGGCUUUUUUGCGGAUUGCGGUAUUCCCUACCGACGUGGUUAUCUAUUCCAUGGCCCUCCUGGCACGGGCAAAUCGAGCUUCUCCGCCGCGCUAGCUGGCCACCUGCGAUGCGACAUAUACCACAUCAAUCUCGCCUCAGGCGACUUCAGCGAUGGUAGCCUCCACCGCUUGUUCCUUGGCCUUCCCCGAAAGUGCGUGGUCGUUAUUGAGGACAUCGACUCCGCUGGUAUUGGCCGCGAACAGGGGCCAAAGAAGAAGCCGCAGCCCGUAGAUCUUGACAUGACGUCUGCUCAUCAUGACUUCGAACAACCCGGGACGCCGCUCGACGCCGCACUCAUCAGGCCUGGCCGUAUCGACAAGAAAGUAUACUUUGGGAACAUGAGCAAGAGUGCCGGCAAAAGCAUAUAUAUGCGCCUCAUCGGACGCUCAGCCCUCGCCCACGAUGCAGCUUUCACCAUGGCCGAAAUCGAACAAUACGCCACCGAGUUCGCCGACAAAAUCCCCGCGAACACUUUCACACCAGCUCAGGUUCAAAACUUCUUGCAGGACUGUCGAGCCGAUCCGCUGAAAGCGUUGCGCGAAGUUGACGCGUGGGUAGCCGAGAAUCGAGAGAAGUCAGGGGCCAUGAGUGCUACAGGUAGCAGCGACAUGUCUGCUAGCAUCAUUUCGCAUGUUACGCAGACACCUCCUACGGCGGAAAAUGGCAAAGAAGAAUUGGCUUCUGAGAUCGUUGAUUAG